UUCCUGGCCACUGUGCUUCUACACCUGCAUUGCUUGCUGUUUGGGGUUUUAGGCUGGGUUUCUGUGCAACACUUUGAGAUAUCAGCUGAUGUAAGAAGGGCUUUAUAAAUAAAUGUGAUUUGACUUUAUCUAAUCACUUCAUAAUUAUUGGUGAGGGACUGAUGCGUUUGCUGGAUUUUGAACUAUGCAAUCUCGUAAGGAGGGACUAAUAACAUUUUUCAACCCCUCUGAGUUAAAACUACUACGGAUUUAAGAUGUCGGACUCUUUAUUGAAAUUUAUUUUGUGUACACUUCCGUUCAUUUUAGCGUUCGCACUUUUGGGAAUAAGAACAGAUGCUGCAUCUGGAGAAGGACCUAUUCUUCCUGAUGGACAGGAUCUUUAUUUCAAAAUAGUUGGCAUUUCACCCAUUCUAUCAGUUCCUCAAAGCAUAGUUCAUUCACCUGUCCUCAAGGUUUCAAACAAGGACCAUGGAGCUACCCACCGGCAGAAGCGCAAUGUCCUUUUCCCCAGCGGGGUCAAACUCUGCGGGCAGGAGAGUGUGCAACAAGCCAUCGCAAAUCAUCUCAGCUACUUUCACCUUCGAGUGUGUCAGGAGACGGUGUGGGAAGCCUUCAAGAUUUUCUGGGACCGCCUCCCGAACCAGGAAGAGUACCAGACCUGGAUGAGGCGGUGCCUGGACGGCACGACCACCGCUCUGGAGAUGGGCAACAACUUCAGCCAAUCAGAGGAACACCUGGCUCUGGUUGAGAGUAGAAUGUCAGUGACGGGGUUAAAAAGGCAAGGCAUCAUAUCCUAUUCACUUCAUUUGCCAUUGCAACCACUCUUUGAGCGUAUUCACUGGGCAAGACCCUUGUAUUACAUGUCUCAUUCAUUUCCCCAUUGCUGUUUUCUCUACUUCUGUUCUAUCAACUGUAGUGAUGCCACCAACUCAUGGUUACAUAUGUGCAGCACCCAAACUCCAGACACAGAACAGGAGGCUCAAGAGGUCGUCGGUGAGGUCAUCAUAGAGGAGCCAGAGGUUGCGGAGGCGGAGCCUUCCAAAGAACCCACAAAUGACAUAGAGAUGGAGGUGUUGGCGCGGGUCCACCUGGAACAGGUGGUGGAGCUGAGUAUCCUGUUGAAGGGAGAGAGGUACAGCGAUGCUCUCAGAGACCCUGCCAGCCUCCAGUACCAGACACUCAACCAGCAGUUCACUGACAAGAUAAAGGAUGCUGUGGGGGGACUGCCAGGCUUUAAGAGUGUGGCUGUGCUGCAGUUCAGGCUUCAGAAGGAUGCCCAAGGGUUGGAUGGUGUGGUGGUGGUCUAUGCGGUGACAGUGGAGGUGGAAGGGGAGGGGGUGAGCAGUGACCAGCUGGACUACCUGACCCUGCAGUCCAACCUGGUGGAGAACUCCUACAGAGAGGUGAAGGAGAGGAACUACAUCACUGAGGCCCAGCACAAGGACAACAUUAUCAGUGAUACAACUCUGGUCCUUGACCCUGACUCGCUGCAACUAUAUACUGUGUCCAGUGUUACUGAGUCCUUUGAACCCACCUCUGGAAUACCCGAGGAUUACACCAACGGCAGUGUGGAGGACAUUUUGGCUGUUGAGACUCCAACCGAGGUUGAAGCACAGGAUGUAGCGACGGGGGAGAAUGAUGUCAUUGUUGUAGAGGAGAGCAUGACCCUCCCCGCUGAGGUGACCAUCGAUGACACACGCAUCGAGGAGGAGGUACUGCUGUUGGGGAACACCGUGUCUAGAGAGAGCCCUUUGUUGGAGGACCUCCCUACAGACCCUACCUCCCCUGAGCAGCCAAAGGGUGCUACGCUCCCCGAGCCUCCUCUGGAGAUUGAGGCCUCUGGUUCAGGUGUUAAAGUACUGAAGGACUUGUACUUCCAGCCUGAGGAAGAAGAAGCCAUAGAAGAAGAGCCAGCUCCAGAAGAGGAACUGACCAUAGAAGAAAAGGUAGUUCCGGAAGAGGUAAUCAUCGAGGAAGAUAUCCAAACAGAGGAAGCAGAAGCGGUGGUCUCCGAGGAAGAUAAGGUAGAGGAGGGAACAGUGGAGGUCCCUGACACAGUAGAGGUUCUAGAAGAGGAAGCUGGACCCUCUGAAGACCUAGAGUACUCCAUAAUAGAGACGGAGACCAUUGAAGAGGUAGAGGAAGAGGCCCCUGCCUUCGUCCCUGUGGAAAUGAUGGAAGCUCCCGAGCCAGUAGGGGGCCUCGGUGUCCCCGAAAAUCCCCUUGCCAUUGCGACUCUGCCCCCAGAUGAACCUGAAGAGGAGACUAACGUGGUGCUGGCUUAUCCAGAAAUACCUGAAUAUGGAGAGGAAAUUGAGAGCUUAGAGGGACCAAUCAUCGAGAAGCCAUUAACUAAAGUGGAUGCUGUGGUCGUUGAAGUUCCGGACAUUUCUGAGAUCUCGGAGGAGGACUUGGUAGAAGACGAGAUCUUAUUGGUCGAUGAGGCUGCUCCGGACGCGACCCACACCACCCCUCUCUCUGCGGAGAAAGAGUCACCCUUCACCCGAGUCUCUGAUUUCAUAGUAUUGGAGGAGGUUACAGAGGCCACAGCCCUGGACACAGCCCCAGAACCAGAGGCAGAACAGGAGGACCAAGGGGUCACCCCAGCUCUCAUACCCGCCGAGUACCACCCUGAUCCCAACAUUUCUAUCACUCUGGAGCUGCAGACGAUAGACCCUGUGACAGACUAUGACCUGGUCCACUUCGGCGGGACAAACCAAACAGAGGAAGGGAGCAGUGGGUACCCUUCUGGAGUGGUAAAUGGUACAGACCACAGCAUUGCCAUGCCAAUCAACCCAGGGCGGGCUCUGAUGGUGUUCUUCAGGCUGAGGGUCACCAACAUGAUGUUCUCAGAUGACCUCUUCAAUAAGAGCUCUGCAGAAUACAAGGCCCUAGAACAAAGGUUCCUCGAGCUGCUGGUCCCCUACCUCCAGUCCAACCUUACUAACUUCCAGAAUCUGGAGAUCCUGAACUUCCGGAAUGGGAGUAUUGUGGUCAACAGCCGGAUGAAGUUCGGGAGGCCGAUGCCUCACGGCGUCAACAAUGCAGUCUACUUGAUCCUGGAAGACUUCGCUAACACAGCCUACCAAACUAUGAACCUGGCCAUCGACAAGUACUCACUGGAUGUAGAGUCAGGUGACCAGGCCAACCCCUGUAAGUUCCAAGCGUGUAAUGAGUUUGCCCAGUGCUCUGUGAACCGCUGGUCUAGCGAGGCAGAGUGUGUGUGUAAUGCUGGCUACUUCAGCGUGGAAGGUCUGCCCUGUCAGAGCAUCUGUGAACUGCAGACAGACUUCUGUAUGAACGAUGGGAAGUGUGACAUCAUACCUGGACAGGGGGCCAUCUGCAGAUGUCGUGUAGGGGAGAACUGGUGGUACCGUGGAGAACACUGUGAGGAGUAUGUGUCAGAACCUCUGGUGGUCGGCAUAGCGAUAGCCUCUGUAGCAGGUUUCCUAUUGGUGGCAUCUGGUGUGAUCUUCUUCCUGGCGAGGACACUACGGGAUCAGUACGAUAAGGAUGAGGCCGAGGACCCCAUACGGCGAGGGGAGAGUAUCCCGUCUCUAGAGAGGGCCACUAAGUACAACCCCAUGUAUGAGAGUGAGGCCACGACGGGCUACAGCCACUACUACCGCCGCUACCCAGAAGCCCCGGUCUAUAGCAGCGCUAGCGCCGAGGCUUCCACAGACUUCAGCAGUGAGGAGAUACGCCACAUCUACGAGAACAGCGAACUAACCAAGGAGGAAAUCCAGGACAGGAUACGCAUUAUUGAACUCUAUGCGAAGGACCGGCAGUUUGCAGACUUUGUGCGGCAGCAUCAAACUGCCCUGGAUACACGCAGACAGAGCACCCUUGAUAAACGCAGAGAGAGCACGUCCACGUAGCCCUGUAUGGGACACUCAGCUGUAUGCUGGACAACAAGGUACCUUAUCCUUAACUUUGCUCUUUCCCCGCCCUGCUCUUCCUCCUUUGUCAGUGCCUUCUCUCGAUUGGGUGAGCUCUGCUGGAAUGGGUGUGGUGGCUGUGGGCAUAUCUGCUGCUCAUUGGAUGUCUUCCAUUGGGGGAAGACCGGCCCCCCUCCAUCUGGAAUCAUAUUCGUUACUUGAAAUGAUGACAAACAAAACGCAAUGCUCUCUAGGAUACCUGUUCUUUAGGUAGCAGAUAAGACAUGAUAGAGUAUUACAUUUGCAUUUAAUGUCAUAUCUCACCCAGUUGUUGUUGACGGAAGAAUGUAGCACUGUGAAAGUGUAAAUAUUUAUCCCAUUGGAAUGUUGGAUAGGUACUGUAAGGUGUGAUUAUCACUCUAUCUGCUAAUGUGUUGUAUGGACUGUUAUGGUUAAAGAACUGUAUGAAAUAGAUGGUCUAUACCAGGGGUGCACAACUCAGGACCUCAGGCAACUCAGGACCUCAGGCAACUCAAGAAAUCAGGCAACUCAGGACCUCAGGCAACUCAGGACCUCAGGCAACUCAGGACCUCAGGCAACUCAGGACCUCUGGCAACUCAGGACCUCAGGCAACUCAGGACCUCAGGCCCUCUGGCAACUCAGGCCCUCUGGCAACUCAGGCCCUCUGGCAACUCAGGCCCUCUGGCAACUCAGGCCCUCUGGCAACUCAGGCCCUCUGGCAAAUCAGGCUCUCUGGCAAAUCAGGCUCUCUGUCAACUUCUGCAGGGACUAAAAGCAGCAGAUAUUGUUGCCCUCUGGACCAGAGCUGUGCGCCCUUGUUCUAUACCCAGCUGGAGGUUGUUGGAGAUUGAGCUCAGUUGACUGGCCAGUGUCUGUGCUGUUCUGGGUGCUAUGGGAGCUCUGUUGUCUGAGUUUCUGGCUAGUAGUAAGCCUAGGUAGUGUUCUCCUGAAGUUGGGAGAAGCUAGUUGGAUGCACUCUGUGGGCAGAUCUUAAAUCUCAGCCCUCUAUGGCUCUGGUGUAAAGUAGUGCACUAUAUUGGGAAUAGGGUGUACUUUGACAUUUUAUGAAAAGUGGACAAAUGAAGGCCGAAUCUUCCAUUUUUGUUCAGCUGCAAUAAUUUCCCCCCUCUUCUUUCCCUCCUUCUCUUUCCCUCACUCUCUCUCUACAUCAGGAAGCAGUUGGAGUUUGUUUUCUGUAGGAAAUAAAAGUAUUACGAGAGAGAGGGGGAGGGACGGAGAGUGGGAGAGGGGGAGAGAUUUUGCUGAAGGACCAAAAUAUAAGUGAAAACACAUUUAGAAUGGAAACAAUCUCAAGGGGAUUUGAUCAGGCAGUCUGUUUCCAGAUAUGUGUUAGAAAACAUUCAAGAAAGUAUAUCAAAUGUACAUGCGUAAACAACAUGUGCUCUGUGGAUAAGCAAACUCUUAGCAGCGGCUUUUAAAUCAAAUAAAAAUGAACCAGAAACGUCAAAAUGGUCCAUUCUGUAACCACUAGUUUGGACACCGUCCUUGCUUUACCCUGUAAGUAUUUCACAUGAAGAGGACUGGUUUCCAGUGAAUCCUCAAAGUUGCAUCUCUUCAUGCUGUAGGUUUACUUUUCCACAUUUGUUUUGACUGUGAAUAGUCAUAGGAAAUCAUAAGAAUACACAGGUUGAACUCUAAUGGCAACAUAUUCCCUAUAGUGCACUACUUGCCUAAAGUAGUGCACUAUACAGGUUAAAGUAUCCAUUUGAGAUGUGACCACAGACAUUUAAGAUGUUUCCUGAUUUAGGUUUACAUUUCAUGUUAUCCUGUCCUUUUCUCUCAGGCUUCUGUAUGGCUCCACACAAGCGAGAACACGGGUUACUGUGGUUGAGCACAAGCUUACCUUCCACUUAUGAUAUCGUCAUGCCUUUUCAAUCUGUGUGUUUGUUUUUAUACACAUUUUCUCGUGUGCAUAAACGGGUUUUCUCAACAUUCUCUUCCUUCAUCGGGACUCAUAGCCAAUGGGAUGGAUCCAGAACGCUGUGAUGUAAAUACUAUCCGAGUGUCGUGGUAUGUUCUUUACACUAGAAUGUCAAUGGAAUGCGCUUGAAGUGUGGACAUGUUUUGUUGUACAAAAUGAUGAUUAUUUUUUAACGUAAGCACUGGUGGAUAUUUAAACAAAUAUUACAUUACUACUUGCAGUUAUGUCAAUGUUUAUUCUUAAAAAAUAAAAUGA